AAGAUGAAACAGCCCUCCUCCCUCCCCAGUCUCGAUUCUCCAUCCUAGACUCAAGAGCACUUAUCUUGACACCUGGGAGUAGAUUUCUCAGUGCCCUGUUUUCCUUAUACAGAGUUGUUUCUGAGAUCUCCUACUGGUUACAAGUUGCAACUAGGAUCAUGUUCUUUCAGUCAUUUUCACAAACACCUUCUGCUCCCAAGUCCCUGUGCAAGUCUAACUGCUCCUCUUCCAAUUCCAACAAAUUCAAUCCCUAAAAAUGUGGAAAAUAUCAACAAGGCCGCCUACCAGGCUUUUCGCUUUCUCUCUUCUGCUUCGUUCCCAUCUUCCCAUUCAAUCUCCCAAGCCCAUACUCGUUUCUAUUGACUUUCGGCCUUCUCUCACUCAAACCCACACCCCAACUCAACCUCUCCCGAGUGCCCCAACCCUCUUCUCUUCUCUCCGUUAUUGCUCCAACAAUGUAAACGGGAAUUCAGACACCAACAACGGAGAAAACGGGGAAUUCGUGAGGAGGAUAGUGAACAUAUUACAGGAACCAGGGAGCAGCAGUAUGUCCUUGGUGAAACAUAAGCUUGAGAACUGCGGCGUUGCUGCCUCAUCGGAAUUGGUGGUGGAGGUCCUUUCUCGGGUCCGCAAUCACUGGGAAGCAGCAUUUACCUUUUUUCUGUGGGCUGCCAAGCAGCCUGGUUAUGUACAUUCCCUGCGCGCAUACCACUCAAUGAUUUCCAUUCUCGGGAAAAUGAGAAAGUUCGACACUGCUUGGGCCUUGAUUGAUGAGAUGAGAGGAGGUAGGACCGGCACUUCUCUUGUCACUCCGCACACCCUCUCCAUCAUGAUCAGGAGAUACUGCGCUGUCCAUGAUGUCGGAAAGGCUAUAAACACUUUUUAUGCUCACAAGCGGUUUAAGCUUGGUGUUGGGAUUGAAGAAUUCCAAAACCUUUUGUCUGCCCUUUGCAGAUACAAAAACGUUCAAGAUGCUGAGCAGCUGCUAUUUUGCAACAGAAAUGUUUUCCCCUUUGAUACCAAGAGCUUCAACAUUAUUCUUAAUGGAUGGUGCAAUGUGAUUGGUAGCAUGCGUGAGGCUGAGAGAUUUUGGAGGGAGAUGAGCAACCGUGGAAUCCUAAGGGAUGUAGUCUCAUACUCCAGUAUCAUAUCUUGCUACUCUAAAGCCAGUAACCUUAAUAAGGUGCUCAAGCUUUUCAACCAGAUGAAGGAAAUGGAAAUUGCUCCAGACAGGAAAGUUUAUAAUGCAGUUGUUCAUGCUCUUGCUAAAGCUAGUUUUGUGAAAGAAGCUCGCAAUCUCAUGAAAACAAUGGAAGGCAAGGGUGUUGCUCCAGACUCUGUUACUUAUAACUCAUUGAUCAAGCCUCUGUCUAGGGCCAGGAAAAUAAAUGAAGCCAAAGAGGUGUUUGAUGAGAUGUUGCAGCGGGGCCUUUCCCCCACAAUUAGGACUUACCAUGCCUUCUUUCGGAUUCUAAAGUCAGGAGAAGAAGUGUUUAUGCUCUUGGAGAAGAUGAAAGAGACAGGCUGCCACCCAGAUAAAGAUACUUACAUCAUGUUGAUCAGAAGAUUUUGUCGAUGGCGCCAACUUGAUAAUGUCUUUAAGCUGUGGAGUGAGAUGAGUGAGAAUGGAGUUGGUCCUGAUCGUAGCUCAUAUAUUGUGCUGAUACAUGGGCUGUUUUUGAAUGGAAAGCUGGAAGAAGCAUACAAGUAUUAUAUAGAGAUGAAGGAAAAGCAAUUUUUGCCAGAACCAAAGACAGAAGAUAUGCUUCAGGCUUGGAUUUCAGGUAAGGAAACUGCAGAUGUGCAGAUGAUAGAUUUAAAAGACAAUCAAUCAGAUCAUGGUCAGUCUAGCAAAAAAACCCUAGUCACCUCCAAGAAUGUUGAUUUGGGAAGAGAUUUUCACCAACAACCUGAGACCCGAAAAGUUACAAGAGAGAGGGGCUUUUCAUUCUGGGAAUAGUGUAUGAAUAUGAAUAAGGCAACUCAAUGAUCUUCAGCAGCAAGGUGCAUGCAGGACUCCAUACAGGUUGAUUGAUUACUUCAAAAAUUGAAUGGAAAAAUGGGGAGUUAAUUUCCAAAUUAGUGAAAAACAAUGAAGCUGCUGUGGAAAUGGCAUACUGGAGGUAGGAAGAAUUUUUGGUAGCCUGAUAAAGCCAUGCUGCAGCCCAUUGUAGUUCAUCCUGGAAA